AUGACCUACCAUGGAGCUGCUGAAAAAACAAGAAAUUUAUUUCAUCCAGUUAUUGGACAUGGUCCAGAGUCUCGACGAACAAUAUUAAAAGCUCAAAAAGAAUUUAUUAAAACGUUCAAGGGAGACAGUAGCAGUGGAUUGAUAUGGAUAAACAAGAUUUAUUUGGCUGAUGAUAUCACCAUAAAUCCAGAUUUUAAUAAAAUUGUUAAAUCAAUUUUUCAAUCUUCUGCUAGAAAUAUCGAUUUCCAUGAUCCAAUUGAAGCCAGUGAUACCAUCAACUAUCAGAUUGAUGAUGAAACUGAUUCAACUUUUUCGAAAAUUGUUAUUCCUGCUGAUUUUAAUAGAAAAACACAGCUUGUACUUGUCAAUGCAAUUAAAUUCACUGGAUAUUGGAAAUUUCCAUUUGAUGCUAGUAAAACAAGGAAAGAAAAAUUUCAACUUGGUGGUGGAAAAACAAUUUAUGUACCUACAAUGUCAGCAACAUUUAUGUGUGAUGCAGGAACAUUAAAAAAUAUUCCUGCUCAAUAUGUUGUACUUUUAUUUAAGGUAAAGUCUUCAACACUUAGAGCUAUUGAGGAAGAACUUAAAAAUGAAAAACUUGCUUCAAUUCGAAAUUGGAAGAAUAAACAGAAACAAAAAUAUCAUGUACAACUUCCUAAAUUUAAAAUUGAAUCAAAUUGGAAUCUUGAUGAGCCUAUUAAAAAUCUUGGUCUAAAAAAUAUAUUUACAAAUGAUGCAAAUUUUGGUCGUAUGACAGAUGAAUCUGUUUCAGUUGAUAAAAUUUUACAAAAUGUAAAAAUCAAUGUUAAUGAAAAAGGUUGUUCAUCUUCAGCUUCUUCUUCUUCUUCUUAUGAAAAUAAUGAUUCGAAUGAGAGCAGUACUUGGUCACAUAAAAAAUCAACUUUGAGUGUACGAGUUGAUCGUCCUUUUUUAGUUUUCAUAAUGAAAAAAGGUGUUAUAAGUCUCAGCGCUCGAAUUACUAAGCCAUGUUUUUGUAGAUAUAAAGAAUCGAUUAUUGAAUGA